AGACCCGGAAAUAAUUUUGAAAUAAGGAAAAUUAGCUGGUUUAUUUAAGAAAUACGUGAAGAUUUUUCACCAGCUUAGUUACUUCAGUAUUGUUUAAGACAGAAUACAAGAUGGAAAAGUUUGGCUUCCUUUCAUUUGUUUUGUUCUGUUGGAUUUCAUCUUGUCAAGGAGUAAUUCUAUCACCUCCUCCUGGCACAAGUUUCACAUUUUUACCUGGAGGAACAGAAAAUAUAACAUGGACAUUUGAUGAUGAUUUAAACGAUUUGGCCAGUAGAAAUUGGCUUUUUACUGGUAGUAGUGAUGGUUCACAAUCAACACUGUUGGCCAUUGUCACUCUGGAUUUGUCAUUGAUAAAUCUUAAUGAACCAAUUCUUCCAAAUUAUGACGUCUCCAAACCUUCAACGCUGCAAUUAAGAAAUAUCACUCAUAGUUAUGAUGGAACAUAUGAGUUUCGAUUAGCAAGAAAGGACAGUCUGUUAUCUCCUUUUAUAUCCAAAGUCAGAGUUUUCGUUGCAAUUAAACCAAACGCGUUAAUUAAUUGUUCAACUCCUCUGGUUGUGAGUAAAGGUGAUAAUGUGUCAUGUGUAUGUAGAGGUGAAGGAGGUAUCCCUCCUGCUAAUGUCACAUGGUUUGAUAAAGAUAACAACAUAAUUGGUGAUGUUGGAGUUGUAAGUAAGACAUUAGUAAUCACUAAUGUUACAUUGAAUGGUGGUGGAAAUUACACAUGUAAAGCACAAAGUUGUAAUGAUCCACGUUUUAAAGAUGAAAAAUCUAUUGAAGUAACAGUGAAAGCUACUUACAACGUUCUUUGUGAUGACCAAAAAGAGAGAAUAAAACAGUGCAAAACAGAAUGGUACAUUAUUUUAAUAACUUUAACAUCUGGAAUUAUCGUUGGAAUUUUGGUUUCUAUUUUAAUUGUUUUUCAAUAUCGUCGGCAUUGGUUUAGUAAAAAUUGUCAACAAUUUCAAUCUCCAUCUGAAGUUAGGAAAAAUUCUGUUGAUACAACUUAUCAAGAAUUGGAUUUAUCAAAAAUUAAUAAUAAAGAAGAUAAUUAUCAAUCAUUGAGACCAAAGGAUGACACAGUUGAUAAAACUUAUCAAGAACUGGACAUAUCGAAAAUGAAUAUAGAAGAUAAUAAUUAUGAAUCUUUGCAAAAAAAUAAUGAAUCGGAGUACGUGAUAGCCGACGAAAAAAGAAAUUAUGAGAACAGUAAUUUGUUUUGAAGAAAAUCAUAAAUUUAUUUUAAACAUGUGUUUAUAAACAUUUUCCAUGUUGUAAAGUCACAAUGGUGCUUUUACGAACAUUUACAUUUUCUGAUAAGAUUUGAAUUUUGCAUCUUUUCCUCCCUUUGGAGCUACCAAUACUUUAUGAUUUCCAGAAGGAAGCCAUUUUUGGAUAGGAAAAUACACUGGUCAUUCUGACUCAUUCAUUGGUUGUUUAUGAUAACAGUGUAUGGUAAUACUGUUUUUAAAUAAAUAUUUUCUAUUUAUCUUACUAUA